ACCGGGCAGCAUUCUAGAAUCUAGAUUGAAUAAAGAAAUAUGAUGAGAGUAGGUAAGAUGAUCAAUUCUAGGGCAUUUGGUAUACUAUCUAUUUCAACCAAAAGUCAUAAUUAUAGCACAUCAAACCUAAACUAUUCAACAAUCUCUAAUCACAAAACCUCAUCGGAGCUCGGAAUAAUGGUGGAAGCGAAGAUCGCACCGUCGAUGCUCUCGUCGGACUUCGCCAAUCUCGCAUCAGAGGCUGAGCGCAUGCUCACUUUUGGUGCCGAUUGGCUUCACAUGGACAUCAUGGAUGGUCAUUUUGUCCCAAAUUUAACAAUAGGCGCGCCGGUUAUUGAGAGUUUGAGAAAACAUACCAAAGCGUAUCUUGAUUGCCACCUUAUGGUGACAAAUCCUCUUGAUUAUGUCGACCAGUUCGGAAAAGCCGGUGCUUCCGGUUUCACAUUUCACGUUGAGGUGUCAAAAGAUAACUGGCCCGAACUUGUUAAACAAAUCAAGUCCAAGGGAAUGCGACCUGGUGUGGCGUUAAAGCCAGGAACACCCAUUGAAGAAGUGUUUCCGCUGCUUGAAGGUGAACAUCCUGUUGAAAUGGUUCUUGUUAUGACUGUGGAACCUGGAUUUGGCGGGCAGAAGUUCAUGCCUGAUAUGAUGAACAAGGUACGCACGCUGAGAGAGAAGUACCCAACACUUGAUAUAGAGGUUGAUGGAGGUUUAGGGCCUUCUACUAUUGAUGCAGCAGCAGCUGCUGGUGCAAACUGCAUUGUUGCUGGUAGUUCAGUAUUUGGAGCUCCAGAACCAGCUCAAGUUAUAUCUCUACUGAGAACAAGUGUAAACAAGGCCCAAAAAACUUGUUGAAGCAUAUACACGCAAUAAGAUUUCCAAAUGUUUAAUGAGUGAGCAACACAUUUACUAUAUAUGCAACUCUCUUUGAUGCCUUAAUUUUGAAGUUGUUAUUUGAUUUGCCUUAAUGCAUGCACUCCUCAUUGUACUUUCAAGAUUCAGAAACAGAGAACAUGUGUGUGAGUUGUUCAAUAUGGAUAUUUUUAUGCCACUUACCUGAUAGUGAUUGGUAAUUUAUUUAUUUUUUGUUUGCUA